CCUCGGAGGUGAGCGGCCGAGGGGGGCUUCGCGUUCAGUCCGAGCGUGGCCGGAGCAUGAAAGGCAGCUGAGCGGGCGAGCAGCGGAGGAAGAGGAAGAAGUCAAGCCCGGCCGGAGGGCAGCAGCCGCCGCAGGAGCCGCAACGGCGGCCCGAUGUCCCGCAAGGCCAAUGUGGAAUACACGCUGCGGAGCCUGAGCAACCUGAUGGGGGAGAAGCGGCGCCGGCAGCCGCCGCCGCCGCCGCCUCCUCCGCAGCCGCCCUCCAGGCGGGAAGCCUUGGGCGAGCGGAGCCUGAUCGCGGCCGCCGAGUCUUGCUCCAGCCUCAACAGCCAGGCUUCUACGUCGGGAGGCGGCGGCGGCGGAGGCUGCGGGGAUCUGGAGCGGGCAGCCAGGCGUCAGUUCCAGCAGGACGAGCCGGCUCCUUUCGUCUACGUGGCGGCGGCUUUCUCGGCGCUGGGCGGCUUCCUCUUCGGCUACGACACCGGCGUGGUGUCCGGGGCUCUGCUGCUGCUGAAGAAGGAGCUGCGCCUGGACGCCGCCUGGCAGGAGCUGCUGGUCUCCAGCACGGUGGGCGCCGCCGCCUUGGCCGCGCUGCUGGGCGGCGCCUUGAACGGAUACUGGGGGCGCCGCGCCUGCAUCCUCCUGGCCAGCCUGCUCUUCACCGCCGGCGCCGUCCUGCUGGCCGCCGCGCCCGACAAGGAGACGCUGCUGGGGGGCCGCUUGGUGGUCGGGCUGGGCAUAGGCAUCGCUUCGAUGACGGUCCCGGUCUACAUUGCAGAAGUGGCCCCACCUCACCUGAGAGGCCGUUUAGUGACCAUAAAUACACUUUUCAUCACAGGUGGGCAGUUCUUUGCCAGUGUUAUAGACGGCGCCUUCAGCUACCUUCCCAAGGGAGGAUGGAGGUAUAUGCUGGGUUUGUCCGCAGUUCCAGCUGUCAUACAAUUCGUUGGUUUCCUUUUCCUUCCCGAAAGCCCCCGCUGGCUUAUUCAGAAAGGACAGACUCAAAAAGCACGCCGAAUUCUCUCACGGAUGCGGGGAAAUCAAUCAAUAGACGACGAAUACGAGAGCAUCAAGAAUAACAUUGACGAGGAACAAAAGGAGAUUGGAGCAGGUGGACCGGUAAUCUAUCGAAUGCUGACUUAUCCUCCGACCCGAAGGCAGCUGAUUGUGGGCUGUGGUUUACAGAUGUUCCAACAGCUGGCAGGUAUUAACACAGUCAUGUACUACAGUGCCACCAUCAUGCAGAUGUCGGGUGUCCGAGAUGACCGCCUGGCCAUCUGGCUUGCUGCUGUGACCGCCUUCACUAAUUUCAUGUUCACGCUCGUGGGAGUCUGGCUUGUGGAAAAAGUCGGCCGGCGCAAACUCACCCUGGGAAGUUUAGCGGGCACUACUGUGGCCCUGGUAGUUUUAGCUUUGGGUUUUUUGCUCUCGGCUCAAGCUUCACCCCAAGUUACUCUUCACCCCGAAAGCCAGUCGGGCCAAAACUCCACCUGCACAAAAUACAGCAAUUGUAACGGCUGCAUGCUGGAUCCCAGAUGUGGGUUUUGCUACAAACUGAACAAGUCCAGCGUCAUCGAAUCCUCUUGCGCUCCGAUUAACAAGAACUCGACAAUGGAAGCCGCGUGGGGCAGAUGCUCCAAUGAAACCAAACUCAAAAGCGAAGACCUCCUUUGGGCUUACAACUUCUGUCCAACGCCCUAUUCAUGGACCGUGCUGCUGGGACUCAUAUUGUACCUGGUUUUCUUCGCACCAGGAAUGGGGCCCAUGCCUUGGACCGUCAAUUCCGAAAUUUAUCCCCUUUGGGCGAGAAGCACAGGAAAUGCCUGUUCCUCUGGCGUCAACUGGAUUUUCAACGUCUUGGUGUCCCUGACCUUCCUGCACACAGCUGAAUAUCUGACCUAUUAUGGAGCGUUCUUUCUUUAUGCCGGAUUUGCGUUUGUGGGACUCCUUUUCCUCUACGGCUGCCUUCCAGAGACCAAAGGCAAAAAACUGGAGGAAAUUGAAUGCUUGUUUGAGACUUCACUAUGUACAUGUGGCAUUCCCGAAUCAGAGGACGGGAGGUAUAUCGAGUACAUCCGGGUGAAGGGAAGUAAUUACCAUCUCUCUGACAAUGACGCCUCUGAUGUGGAAUAAAUCUCAGCCGCCGAAUCGGUUAGAUUUUUCGAAAGCCUUGGUUUGAGGGAUGCUGAAGGAACUGCGCUGAAUAACCUCACUGUUUCUGGUCUGCUUCUCCUUCCUACUGCCUUGGUGGAAACGCUUCCCUAUUUUUAAACCGUGUCCUUUGCGGGGGGGGGGGGAAUUGAAAUAAAAUCCCACAUCCUCUUAUCCGCUAGCCAAGAGGCGGUCGCCGAGAAGAAUUGGCAAGAAGGAAAGAGCUUGCAGAUUGGAAGUGACUCUGUGAGGUCUCUUAAGGGUUCCUGUUCUGGAUGCUUGUUGUGGUCCUUGCCAACUUAAGGACGAGAGUCGAGGGAUGAGGUGGCAUCUUAGUUGACCAGCUCGAAAAAAUUAAAAUGCUUAAAAAGAACAACGGUCAGAAACCAGGCGAUUCAUAAAAGCAGUUAACCUGGAACCCCGAGACUUGGGAGCAAAUGUAACCCCACAGUAAAACAGAAGGAGGGAAAGAACCAGGGGAAAUUGUAAACUGAUUGUAACAUUGAUUCUCCUCUUACAAAGAUGUUGUGUGCGGUGAGAGAAAGCGGCUUCCUCUGGCUUGCUUGCUUUCCGUGGAUGCUUGAACCUUUAGAAAUCAUUCUUUCCCACCGAUGUUGCUUUGCACAAGAAAAGCUGAGAUCUUUUAGGAUGAGAACUUUUUAAAUGUUUUGUGGUCUGUGGCACUUCAACGCUCUGAGGUCCUAGCAGGCCCAUGGAGAAGAUUUUGCUUCAUCUUGGGGCUCUUCCUGGUCUAAGUUUGUCAGAAAUUCAUUCUUUUGUUUAAAACUCUGCAAAUCUCAAAAGCCAACGUGAGAACGUCUCGUCUCAGAAGUAGAAUUACUUCUACGCAAACAGUUUGGCUUUGAACAAACCAAAUUGAUUUCAGUUUUAGAGUGAAUACAGAA